AAAAUGUUUAAAACAAUCAUUUUAUCUGCUCCAAAACGAAAUUAUGUUAAUCUUGAUUAUGCUAGACAUAUGCCUAAGGAUUAUGUUGAUCGGAUGAAAAGACACGUGCCUACAAAAGUUUAUGAUAACAGAUUUGGUGCUCCGCCUGUUCAUCGUUGGGCUGUUCCCCCAGAUGAUUACAAACCUUUAUUAAAAGAUUUUAAUGAUGGAUCUAGAAUUUUGCAAGCAAAAAGAAUUUGGGAAAUGGAAGCGUUUCAUGAAAGACUUGAACGUGAAAGGGAUCAUAAAUCUGCGUUAUUAUCCGUUAAAUUCUUUCGAAAAAGACGAAGAUUAGUACCACAAAUGUCUGCUGAACAUUGGACAAUUUUUCCUGGCGAUCAAGUAGAAGUGAUGAUUGGACCAGAUAGAGGAAAGAAAGGAGUCGUUUCUCAUGUAAUUAAAGAAGAAAAUGCCGUUUUUGUUGAAGGUCUUCAUAAAAAAUUGGUUGAAACUGUUCCUGAGGAAGUUAUGAAAACUUAUGAAUUACCUCAAACAGCAAUGUUUUUUGAACAACCUCUUUUUGUUCAUAAAGGGGAAGUUAAAUUAAUUGACCCAAAUGACAAUGAAUCUUGUUUUGCAAAAUGGAUGUUAAAUGAAGAUAAAACAGAAUAUGUCCGAGUGAGUACACGAACAGGUUAUCAAAUUCCGCUCCCUCAAGCAGCAAGACGUACUUAUGAAUAUUCAUCACCAGAUAAUUAUAUCGAAGUUGUGGGGAAAGAUACACCAGCAGAUGUUGCUUUAUUAUCAACAUAUGAACCAAAAUUGAGUACUUUUGAAGAAGAAAUUGAGCAAGAAAUGGGUUUGGCUAAGAGAGGAACAAAAGACGAAAAGAAUUUGGAACGUCCAAAAACUUUUUGGUAUUAAAAAAAUUUUAGGAGGUUUGGAAUUUUAUUUAAUAAAUUAAAACUAUUUUUUACAAUUUGAUUUGUUAUAUUUUACUAAUUUCCCCUUUCUGAUUUAAAACAUUUUCAGAAAUUAGUAAAAUUUGUUUUGUGCCAAAUUCUUUGAAAAAAAAAUUUUUAGUUAAAAAAUAAAAUAAAUUUUACCCAAAGUAUUUUCAAUUCCUUCUUUAUAUUUUGAUAGUGAAAUAAUUUUAUUUUUUGGAGGUUUUAAUUUGUCUUGUAAAAUAAAUGUUUGAAUUUGAUUAAACAUUUGUUCAACUUUUUGUUGAUUUUUUGAUGA